GGUGGUAGGUACUAUAACUAUACUACCCACCAAAUUUAAACGAAAACCGUAAAAAUUUCAAAAUACAAAAGAAAAUCACUAGGAGAAAAGCGAGGAGAUCUGCCAGGACACCAUUUUGUACACGCACGCAGCUUCAUCCUCCUUCCUCCCUCCCCGAUCUGAUUGGACCUCGCCCUCUGCUCAGUUGCUCCAUGCGAUUCUAAGAUUCUAGGGUGUUUUAAUUGGAUGAGAUUUGAGGGUGUUAUUUUUAUUGGAGAUUUGGAGGGUUAAAUGGCAUCAGCUCAGGUUUUGCCAAGCUCACGAAAACAGGAGCAUCUUGAAGCCGGAAAGCGACGGCUGGAAGAGUUCCGUAGGAAAAAAGCAGCAGAUAGAGCUAAAAAAGGUCCAGACAUCAGUCAAUCUAUUGCUUCUGAUGUUAGCAUAGAUCAGAAACAACCUUUAGAGGCUGAACGUGUAAGGCUUACAGAUUCUGAUAGAGCUGGUACAUCUGAUGGACCUGGCAGAACUAUUGAACCUUACAAUGGAAUUAUCAAUAAUGACAGCAACAUAAUUAAUGUUACCUCAAAAGCUGGGCAAAACUUUUUGAAAGAUGCAAAUGCUAAUCCUCCAUCAAAGAGUGAUUCCAAGACAUCUUUGGUGGAUCUAGUGCUGAGACACACAAAUAAUCAUGAUUUUAAGAGAUAUGAUGCAUCAGGAUUUACUGGAGCAGGUGCUAAUAACAGCCCAGGGACAGAUGAAGUGAGUAGUGACUCCAAAAAAUAUGUUGGGAGCCAAGGCAGAAUGCCAUAUGAGAAAUUGGCUGACCAUUCUAUUGAUCCACAUUCACAAGAAGGUCAAGUUUUUGAAAGCAGUUCUAAUCAAUGUACUCCAUUCCAGUCAACAGAAAACAAUAGUCUUUUAAAGGAUUAUGCAUUUACCUCACCUCAAAAUUCUGCCUCUCAACUGAAAAUUAAGAGCAGUUAUCCCAGCACACCGGCCACUGGUGUGGACUUUAUUCAACCUAGUAACAACUUGAGAGAGUCCAGUCUUGAGGUUGAGCGAGACACACAUGGUGGCAUGCACUUCAAUGGCUCCUUGAAUUCAGAUUUUGGUGAAAGAAAUUUUAGUAGCUUACCUGAUAGUUUUCCUACUGUGUAUGGUAGAGAUGUGCAAACAUCCGAAUCAAUUGGUUUCAAUUCAGAUACCAGGAGCUCCACAAAUCAUGUUCAACUAUUUUCAGGAACAUCUGAACCUAAUUCUAGGAGAUCUCGUCCAUCCUUCCUUGAUUCACUUAAUGUUCCUAGAGCUCCUUCAACGAAUUCUUUCCAAAGUACUGAUUCUCAGAAGGAGUCGUUUAUGCUUAGUACCUUGACAUCAGAUGGCUUGGAUGAUCUAGGAUCCUCUGCCUUUCAUAAGCCAUCAGUGGACACUGAAACUGUGGGACAGCAUUUCAUGAAAUUUUCCAUGUCCUCCAGCAAUGGGUUUGAUCUAAUGACAUCAAAUGUUAAUGAGAAUAGCUUGGAGAGAAAGCAUGAUUUAUAUGCAUCUAAACCAAAUGAAGACUUUGUUGCUUUAGAACAGCAUAUUGAAGACUUGACACAAGAAAAAUUCUCUUUGCAACGAGCUCUUGAAGCUUCCCGUGCCUUGGCAGAGUCCCUGGCUGCUGAAAACUCAUCAUUGACAGAUAAUUAUAACCAACAGAGAACUGUUGUCAACCAACUAAAAUCUGACAUGGAGAUAUUGCAGGAGGAAAUCAAGGCUCAUUUGGCGGAGCUUGAUUCUGUCAAAAUGGAAUAUGCAAAUGCAAAACUUGAGUGCAAUGCUGCUGAUGAACGCGGAAAGAUUUUGGCUUCUGAGGUUAUUGGUUUGGAAGAGAAGGCUCUCAGACUAAGGUCUAGUGAACUAAAGCUGGAGAGGCAAUUGGAGGACUCACAUGCUGAAAUUGCUUCAUACAAAAAGAAAAUGUCCAGCCUAGAGAAAGAUCGUCAGGACUUGCAAUCAACAAUUGAUGCUCUUCAAGAAGAGAAGAAACUAUUGCAAUCUAAGUUGCGGAAAACUUCAACAAGCAGAAAUUCUAUUGAUGUUGACAAGAGUUCCGGUAAUAAAAAGGAUGUGUCAACAUCUACUGCAGAUUUAGACGCCAUCCCUUACACUUCUGACCAGGAAACAAAUGAUGCUACUUCACGUGUUGGAAGUGAUACCCUGAGUUUUCCCAUGCUAUCUGAAAAUGGCCAGUCAAAUCUUGAAGCUUCAUCUGAGUAUAUUCCUUCAGAUCAGAUGAGAAUGAUUGAAAACAUUAAUACACUAAUUUCUGAGUUAGCAUUGGAAAAGGAAGAGUUGAUACAAGCUUUGUCAUUUGAGUUAUCUCAAUGUUCUGGGCUUAAGGAUUUAAAUAAUGAGUUGUCACGAAAGCUUGAGGCUCAGACUCAAAGAUUAGAGCUUUUGACCGCUCAAAGUAUGACGAAUGAGAAUGCCCCGUCAAGGUUACCUGAUUCUGGUUCCUCACAGGAGAAUACUGCAUAUGCAGAUGAGGGUGAUGAGGUGGUUGAAAGGGUUUUGGGGUGGAUAAUGAAGCUCUUUCCUGGAGGGCCAUCAAGACGAAGAACCAGCAAACUUCUUUGACUUGCGAAUCCGAGUAGCUCAUCAAAUGGAGAUGCUCAGUUCUGGUCUCAUUUCCUUGCGGCUUCCUUCCCUUUGUUUUGGCAAUUCAACAGAGGUCGUAAUCUGUAUAUUUUUUAGUUAAUUUUGCACCAUCAUUCUUUUGUAACAGAUGAAAAAUUAGUGUUAUUAAGAGGCCUUCCCAUUUAUUGGCAAAUCCAGUUGUCAUUGUUUUUGAUAGAUGACAAUAAAAAAGUCCCUUGUUGCUGUAAUUGCUUUUUGUUUGGACAAACAAAUUUAGUGGGGAAUUUGUUUGGCUAUGGAAGGGGUUGAUAGCACUGAUACACAGAAUAUGAGAGACGUUUGUUAGUGUGCAUUUGCUGCUUCCUUUUUUUUUUUUUUUCAGUUUGUUGUCUUUAUUCAUUACAUUCAAUGAGCACACUGCUAAGGCCCCAGACAUAAUAAUAAAUAUUUUUUAAAAGGAGAUUUUAUAAUUAUUUUAGUAAAUAAUUAAUAUUGAAUGAAUUAAUAAUAAUUUAUUUAAUUAUAAAAAUAAUAAAAUGUAAAUAAAAUAAGUAUAGAAAUUAUAAUGCACGUUUUCUGUAAGUUAAUAAUUGCCGAGUUUUAGAAACGUCGUGGCAAAUUAGUUAACGCUUUGGCGCCUAGCACCAAAGCAUGCCAAUCAACCACCAAGCUGCGUCCCUUAGUUGGACCACAACACAGCUACGUGCUCUCUCUCUCUCUCUCUCUCUCUCUCUCUCUCUCUCUCUCUCUCUCUCUCUCUCUCUCUCUCUCUCUCUCUGUAGAAUGAGUUCUGUAAUCUGCAAGCUCUCACUUGCCAUCGUCUCCUCUACAUCUUCUACUUCUCUUUCUAAAGGUACCCAAUAAGCACCUCUGUCUUUACUCUUUAUCUGUAUGUAUCUACGAAAUCUCUUAUUUUGCUUGAGCUAUAUGGUGUAACGGAUGCCAACUCCAAUUCCUCAAAAAAGUCAGUGAAGCUAAGGGAGGACUGGAGGCAACGGUCCCGAACCAUCCCAUCUGGUGGCAAAUUUCCUGCAAAGGACCAUUGCAGGUUUAGGCAGACUUGCGAAGCUUAUCAAUCUUGGUCUUGUUUGUUUAUAUGUUUUCUUACUUGAUUUUGUUUACUUUCUAUUUUCUUUGUUGGGGCAGUCGAUGUGGGUUGUGUGAUACAUAUUAAAUCGCUCAUGUGAAGAAUGCUUGCGCCUUUCUUGGAGAUGGAAUGUCUAGAAUUGAAUUAAGUUCUUUGUUUUUAUUAUAUUUUUCCCGCUUUCUUUAUUCGGUAUACGCAGUAUCAACUGUAAUGUUCAGAGUUUUGAGAUUUUGUAGAGGAGCUUUUUAUGAGAAGUCAGUCUUAGUACUAAUUUAGUGGUUUUGUUAUUUAGGAACGUUCAUGAAGUAGUUUGUAUAUCCUUUUUAUUUUGCAUCACCGUGUUUAUCUAAUGCAUUUUAUCGACUCUUUCAUCACCCCACCCCACCCCCCCCCCCCCCCCCACAACCCCGUUGGAACCUAUUGUUCAUGCUAGAGGGAGGAAGAUGGAUUCUUUUGAUGAUACGUACAUUGGAGUCCAUGAGAAGCUGUUAUACGCUCGUAAAACUAAGCCUAAGGUGUGCCUUUUUAUUGUGCUAUUGCUGAUUUUUUUUUCACCUGAACUUGUGCUUGUAAAUUGUAGGUUUGCCUAUAGAAGGUAUGCCUUUAUACUGGUUUACACUUGUAAAUUGUAGGUUACCUUCAUAUUUCUCUUAAUUUUGACGUAAAAUUGGACUAUUGGAUCUUCAAAAAGAUAUUUACUGCAUCAUUAACAGGACUUCAAAUCUCGAUUCCUGGCUAUAACUGUAAAUAUAUGCUAUUACUUGAAAAUUUAGAUGGGAUGAAAACUGUAAGAAUUCAGUAUAUUUUCAUAAAGCUGCCAGCAAGAUUAUUUUAGUUUUGGGAGGUCUGUAGUUUGUUCUUAUUAUGAUGUUUUGCAUUUUAAUAUGUCUUAUCUGAGUUUUUAGAAUACUACUUAUUUGUAAAUCUACUUGUAAUUUUUUUUUGUUUUUUAUUCCACUAAACAUAUUGUUCAAACCAAAUACUUCAUGUUAUGUCAUUGCACAUGAAUUUACCUUCUGCUUGGACUACUUCUGAACAAUGACUAACAACCAGAAUGCUUUAUUUAAUUUAUAAAGUAGAUUAUUGAUGCAAAGUUUUAAUUUAUAUGUUCUCCACAUAACUUUCUUGGAUGGCAAGAGCUCAAUGGACUGGAAUAGUCACUACUAGUGCAAUUGAGAUGCUGAAAUUUGGCAUGGUUUAGGCUGUUAUAUGUGUACAGAGUGAUCCACGUGACAGAUUCUCUCCAAAGCCCGUAUCAGCCAGGACGCCAGAUGAAGUUUUAGCUGCUAAGGGUGUAAGGCCAACAGUAUCUCCUAGUCUGAAUACUCUUGCAUUGAUCGACUCUCUCUCUCUCUGUAAUUCAGUUCGGUUUUUUAUUUUAAAAAAUUUCUGUCUAUUCCAUCUGGUUUUCUAAGAAACAAAUCAGUGGAACUGAACUGAAUAGUUUUUUUUUUUUUUAAUUAAUUGUUAUUAGGUAUAAAAUUAGAGUUAAAGAUAGGAAACAUAAAUGAAAUUGAAUCUGGAAUGAGUCCAAAAUAAGCUCAGAAAACAAGUGAAAGAUGAAGCUCAAAUCAAUAAAUUGAAAUGAACUAAGUCAGUUUGGUUUGAUUUGAUUUUCUCGUUAAUUCAAUUUGGUUCAAUUUGAUUUACUCUAUUAAAAAUUUCAGUUUUCUAAACCAAGUCAAACAGGCUGAUGCUCACCCUGACUCCAAGGGCAGGCUAGUUUCUUAAUAUUCUUUGUACCAGAACUGGAACUAGCUGUCUGGUCCAGUUUCAAACCAGAAUUUUUCAAAAUCUUUUAAAUAAAUUUUAUUUUUAUAUAAACAAGUGUGUAAUAAAUUGUAUUUAUGUCUAAAACAAUUUAAGAAAAAUAAUUUAAAACAAUGUAAGGAAAAUAAUUUUUUUUUUAAAAAUGGCAUUCUCGGUCCAGUUUAAGUUUCUCCCAGCGUAUUCAAAAGCGCAAAAAGUGCUCGCUAAAGCACAAAAGCCUCUAGACGAAGAGGAAAGCACUUUUACGUAUGCUAAACAAAGCACAUUUAGUUAAGGGCUUUUUGUGCUUAAAGCGCAAAGAGCCUCAAUUUCAAAGCCACGUCGGAAGAUUUUGAAACUGAUUUAGAUGAAAAUUUUAAUGGAAAUGAAUCUUUUAUUCUGGAGAUGAGGAUGAAAGUGUUGAGGACUUUGAUGGAAAAUCUAGUGAAGAUCUCUAGGCUAUAACUAUGAAUUUGAAUGCUAAAAAGUUUUAGAUAUUUAAUGAUUUCUUAAGGUUUAAAUUUUAUAUAGAGGAUUGUAUUGUCUUUACAUAUCAUAUUAUUAGUUAAAUUUUUAAUAAUUUUAAGCUUCCUUCAAUGAAGCAAUGGAGUGAUGCAUUACUUUGAGUACACCAUAUGCUUUUAACUAUCUCGGCUUCUCGUCACCACAUUCGAAACCAGUCCAUGGCCAGGUCUAGUUUCGGGUGGAGGGAAGAGAUAUAUAGUGAAGAUUGAUACUUUGUUGUACUCUUCAUAGGUCCACUUGAAGCACUUGGAUGGUCGCAUUGAAGAGGUAAUUUUUUCCCUCUACAUGAUCUUGGUCCAAGUUCUAUAAUUUUUGUUGCUUCAUCUCUUUUCCAAUCUUAACUAAAGCAGGUUCCUUAUUUCUGUCUACCAGCAAACGAGUUAGUUGAUGUAAUUGCUCCAUCUUGCUAUAGCUGUUUUGAUUACACAAAUGCUUUAGCAGUGGGCUUCUAUCAACUUACUUCAAACAUUUCAUUUUUUCUGAUUUAUUUAAUCUAUUUCUAGCCCCUUGCCCCCUCUCUCUCGCAGAUGGCUUGCACCGUUGUAACAAUUAGUAACUUGCACAUGUAGAAUUAGGUUAUGUGAGCAACUGUUCUGCAACAAAGAUUACUUGCAAGAGCACAGAAAGAUACCUGUUAAGACAUACCUGGAUUUCAAUCCCAUUAUAAUACAAGAUUUUUCGUUGGUAA